GCGGAGUACGUUGAGGAUCCCUCAAUCUCUCCACCGACGUAUACCCUCUUUGUGUGGCUGCUCGAGGUCGGGUCGGAGGACGACGACUUCCUGACGCGCCUCGUCGUCCCGAGGACGAUCGUCCUUGCGGUGCACAGAUAUUUCCCGUGAGCGACGAGAAGCCCAGGAUCAAACGCCGAAAUCCCCGGCUUCGCGGAGUCCUUCCACCGUGGACGGAGGUCCAGACCCGAAGGCUCAUCUACGAGUUGUCAGGAUGCAGAGCAACGGCUCCGAACCUGUCCCCGCCGAGGCCGAUAUGUGCAGGCCAGGGUGGACGGUCGGUCUCAUAAACGGUAAAUUCAAGUACCUCACCGCCGAGACCUUCGGCUUCAAAAUCAACGCCAACGGGGCGAGCCUGAAGAAGAAGCAGCUCUGGACCUUGGAGGGCUCCGAGCAACAGGUCUACCUGCGGUCUCACCUGGACCGAUAUCUGGCCGUCGACCAGUUUGGGAACGUCACCUGCGAGACCGAGGACCAGCUACCUCAUGGAUGCUCUUUCCAGAUACAGCUCGCCUCAGACGGGAGUGGGAGAUGGGCCUUGAGGAACAUCGAGAGGGGCUACUUCCUAGGGUCCAGUCAGGACGAGCUGAAGUGCACCGCAAAGGUUCCUGGGGAGGCCGAGUACUGGCUCGUUCACCUGGCUGCGAGGCCCCAGGUGAAUCUGCGAUCAGCUGGUCGCAAGCGAUUCGCUCAUCUGAGCGCGACGCAAGACGAGAUCCACGUGGAUGCUCCCGUUCCUUGGGGCGAGGACACGCUUUUUACCCUGGAAUUCCGACCGGGGUCUUCCUCUGACGACGAUGGCCACGGGGAUCAAGCCAGGACCGAAGGCGGACACUAUGCUCUUCACACCUGCAACAAUAAGUAUCUGGCACGAGAUGGAAAGCUCCUGGAUACUUGUACUCGCGACUGCCUCUACGCUGCCGAGUUCCACGCCGGUCUCCUUGCUCUUCGGGACAUCCACGGAGCUUAUUUGGCGCCGAUCGGGAGCAAGGCUGUGCUGAAGUCGAGAUCGACCACGGUGACGAGAGACGAGCUGUUCUCCUUAGAGGAAUCCCUGCCGCAGGCUUCCUUCGUGGCCGCUCUGAACCAGCGUUACGUCUCUGUCAAGCAAGGCGUCGAUGUCACCGCGAAUCAGGAUGAGAUAUCAGGCCACGAGACCUUCCAGCUGGAGUUCGAUCGGGCGACGAAGAGAUGGUACGUGCGCACCAUGCAGGAUCGUUAUUGGAGCCUGGAAGCAGGUGGAGGUAUCCAAGCAUCGGAGCACAAGCGCUCCUCGAAUGCCCUCUUCGACCUGGUAUGGCAACCGGACGGAACCGUCGCCCUUCGGGCCAAUAAUGGCAAGUUCCUCGCCACCAAACGCUCCGGACACCUCUACGCCAACGCGGACUCACCUUCUGGCGGCGACUCCGACGCUUCCAAGUAUUAUUUCUACUUGAUGAACAGACCCGUGCUGGUCCUUCGUUGCGAGCAAGGCUUCGUGGGGCCCAAGAGUGCCUCGAGUCCUAAACUCGAGUGCAACAAGGCUCGAUACGAGACCAUUCGCGUCGAGCGUUGCGAACGCGGGAUCGUCAGAUUCAAAGGACAAAACGGGAAGUACUGGCAUGCCGAUGGCGAAGGCGUCACCGUGGACUCGGACGUACCUUCCGAAGGGUUCUAUCUGGAGCUCCGGGAGCCCUCCAGGAUCUGCAUCAAGUCGACCGAUGGACGCUACUUGACGGCCGGGAAGAACGGCGCCCUUCGCCUCGGGGAGACCGACUAUGACACCGCCACAAAGUGGGAGUUCUAACAGGGCCAUUUCCAUUUUGACGACGGCCCGUUUAAGCUCCCCUGCCUCCUACCGCGGCGGAGUCACCUGGCGACCUUCGGGAGAAUCGCCUAUCUCCGUAUCGAUUCGUACUUAAGCCAUUGAGUCGCCCUUAAGUCGCGGAUUCUCCCGGGACAGCAUACAAAGACGUCCUCGGGGUCGGAUCCAGGAUUUUUCUAAAGGCUUCUUUUAGCACCUUCCCUGCAUCCCCGGGCCCAGGGGCUAAGCCUGCUUGUUUUCAUUUUUUUUUCCCCCUCAUUAAUAUCGCAGCAGUAGGGACUUUCAAUUGCAACGAAUCGUCGAUUGGUUGAUCAAUUCCUGGCGGAGGUGUCCGACGACGAGUGCUGACCCAUUGAAUGUUGCUAAUAGGUUCUCGUCUGAAGAGAGAAAAAAAAACAGAGUAAAAUAUCGAAAGCUUAAUUUUAUAUAUUGUUUUCACGUCUCUUAAAUAUAUUAAGUACGUCCUAAAGGGUGGUAAACUCAGAGAACUCUGUUUGCGAUAUUCAGUGGUCAGUUCUGCGGUUGGACCUCCUUGAAUUGUCUGGCGCGAUGGCGAGGAGUUUGCUGGGUUGAUAUUCAUGAAUUAUCCCUGGGGGAGGAAUUGUCUGGAUUGUCGAAGUAUUAUUAUUAAUUCGUAGAAGUUGGCUCGUCCCUGGGUCAGACUCCUCGAGAACCCCUAGGCACCUUCUCGUCGAGAGCCUCGGAAUUCGACCUGAUCCAUUCCAGUUUCGAUGCAACUUCUCUUUUUGAUAUAUUUAUAUAUAUAUAGAUAUAUAUAUAUUAUAUAUAUAUGUAUGUAUGUACUCUUUUAUACGCACUUCAGGGUGAACGUUCGCAUAAUCGUCGCUUCGCGCAAGUCUGUCGGUGAUGGUCUCGUUAGGGCUCGAGCAGGAGUCUACCUAUCGAAGGAGAGAAAGAUUUGAAUAACCGAGGAGAAGCUUUAGCGUUUCGUUGUGUCGUGUCUCGCAAACCCCGAGAGAAAAAAACGUCGCCGAGGAUUCAAAGGCCAACGCACUCGUAUAUCAUGUCUUUGGAGUUACCCGGGACUUCUGACGCGUUUGUUGAGCGUUAAGGAAUUUUUGUACCUUUUAUACUUUGGCGGCGUCUUCUACGAGAGGCCACGCGCCUCGUCUUUUAUAUGAGACCUGGUCUCGCACUUUUGUGUAAAUAUAUAUAACAUCCCGA